AUGGAGGUCUUAGAGGAACAACUUAUAAAGGAGAAGAACGUGGUGAUGCCUACGAAGGUGUUGAUCUUACUCAUGUCACCACCAAUGGCCGGCAAAACUGCACUUACGCAACUACUUGAGCAUAGCCUGCUCCAAUCAGACGAAGUAAAAAAGGGAUCGAAACAAAGAUUUAAAGAGCUUAUGAAUGUGACCUGGGAUGAAUUUAUUGAUAAAUGUGAUAAAACAACAUUUUUGAUUAUUGAUGAGGAGCAAAAGAUUUAUAAGUCAGAAAAUGAAGCCGAACCUCGCCAUGCAUUUGCUUCAUAUGGGCAUUAUGGUGCUUACGCUGCUCGUGGAGAUUAUGCAAUUAUGGAUAUUUCACCAUUCUCUCAAAAAAGCAACACUUACUUUAAUUAUUUUUGUGAAAAAAAUCCUCAAAUGUUAAAAGAAGAUGAUCCACUUCUUUCUUGCUAUGUGUCUGAAAUAACAGCUCACCAUCCUGGUUUAGUUGCCUUUACCAUGAGCAAAAUUCAUGAGAUUCGUCAAACAUAUUUUUGA